UGAUGACUUAUCUUCAUGAAGCACCAACCAUAUAAAUUUGGUCAGGUCUUUAUUAAACAAAUCAAAUUAUCUUCCUCACUCGUUGUUUCAUUUCUUAGAGCCGUCGUUUCAGAUUUCUUCUUCCAGAGAGAGUUAAAAAGAGUAACGGUGAGGUUUGGAUCUAAUCGAAUCAACGAUGGAGGUUGCUUUUCCAUCUUCGCCGCCGGUGAAAUGCAUCGCCGAUGAAAGAUUAACAGAGAUCUCCAUGGAUUUCACCAAAUUAGGAUUCCCAGAAGAAGAUGAAGAAAUUAAAAAAUUGGAGAGAUCGUGGAGUAAGCUCGAAGAAUCCGUCGAAUUUAACGAAGACGAUGAAGAAGAAGAAGAAGAGUUUUCGUUUGCUUGUGUAAACGGAGAAGGAUCUCCAAUUACCGCUGAUGAAGCUUUUGAAGAUGGUCAGAUCCGUCCUGUGUUUCCUCUGUUUAACCGUGAUCUUCUCUUCGAGUACGAAAACGAAGAUGACAAAAACGACAACGUUUCGGUCACCGACGAGAACAGACCGCGUCUUAGAAAAUUAUUUGUUGAGGAUCGUAACGGUAACGGUGACGGAGAGGAGACGGAGGGUUCUGAGAAAGAACCGUUGGGACCGUAUUGUUCGUGGACAGGAGGAACGGUUGCAGAAGCGUCGCCGGAGACUUGCCGGAAAAGUAAUUCGACGGGAUUCUCAAAGCUUUGGAGAUUUAGAGAUCUUGUUUUGAGAAGUAACAGUGAUGGAAGAGACGCGUUUGUUUUCUUGAAUAAUAGUAAUGACAAGACUCGGACUCGGUCUUCUUCGUCGUCGUCGUCUACGGCGGCGGAGGAGAAUGAUAAGAAGGUAAUAACAGAGAAGAAAAAGGGGAAGGAGAAAACUUCGACGUCGUCGGAGACGAAGAAGAAGACGACGACGACUAAAUCGGCGCAUGAGAAGCUAUACAUGAGAAACAGAGCGAUGAAGGAAGAAGUGAAACACAGAUCGUAUCUUCCGUACAAACAAGUCGGGUUCUUCACUAAUGUGAAUGGUCUUAGCAGAAAUAUUCAUCCUUUCUGACAAAAAUAAAAAUUAAGUUUGGUUUUUGGGUGAUUUUUUUUUGUUUUUUGGUUAUGUAAAAAAAAAAUUUAAUUUAGUACUCUUCUUUGGGGUCACUUCUGCUUGGUAGAUUGAAAUUUUAAAUGAUUGCAGAAAGGUGUACUGUUUUUUUUCACUAUUUUCUGGUGUUAUUGUGAAGAGUUUGGCUUGUGUACUAAACCAUUUUGUAAGUAAAAAAAUAUAUAAAAUAGUUCGAUUUGCUUAAGUAGAUUUUAGUAAAAUUGAAUGAUUUU